GGGCCGGAGCCGCCGCGGAACGGGGCUCUCCGCUGCUGCGGGGUGGUCGGCGUUGCGGCAGUCAGCAUGCACCCGGAGCCCGCGGCGGACCCGGCGGCGCAGCCGGGCUGCUGCGAGCGGGAGCCGGGCGAGGAGGCGUCCGCGGGCGACCACGGCAGCGCGGGCCAGGCGGGCCGCAAGGAAGAAACUAAUGAUCCUAAGGAAAUGGGUGUGGGUCCUUCUGACACCUCCUACCAAAGCCAGAAGAAACAGAGUGGAGAUAGCGGGUCAGAUGGUUACUUAGCACACUCAAGGGAUGACAGGGAGGACCAGGGCACCAGAAUGACUAAAAGUUUUCUGCAAAAACUCUGCAAGCAGCACAAGCUGUAUAUCACCCCGGCUUUGAAUGAUACGCUGUAUCUGCACUAUAAAGGCUUCGAUCGCAUCGAGAACUUGGAGGAGUACACGGGGCUGCGCUGUCUGUGGUUGGAGUGCAACGGCAUACAGAAGAUCGAGAACCUGGAGGCCCAGACGGAGCUGCGGUGCCUCUUCUUGCAAGUGAACUUGCUUCGUAAGAUUGAGAACCUGGAGCCUCUGCAGAAGCUGGACGCUCUUAACCUCAGCAACAAUUACAUCAAGACCAUCGAAAACCUCUCCUGCCUCCCCGUGCUGAACACCCUGCAGAUGGCCCACAACCACCUGGAGACGGUGGGCGACAUCCAGCACCUGAAGCAGUGCCUGAGCCUCUGUGUCCUCGACCUUUCCCACAACAAGCUGAGCGACCCCGAGAUCCUGAGCGUUCUGGAGCACAUGCCCGACCUGCGUGUACUGAAUUUGAUGGGAAACCCGGUUAUUAGGCACAUUCCUAAUUACCGAAGGACAGUCACUGUUCGGCUAAAACACUUAACGUACUUGGAUGAUAGACCCGUUUUUCCAAAGGACAGAGCUUGUGCGGAGGCCUGGGCGAGGGGAGGGUACGCGGCUGAGAAGGCGGAGAGGCAGCAGUGGGACAGCAGAGAGCAGAAGAAGAUCUCGGACAGCAUCGCAGCCCUGGCGCUGAUCAAGCAGCGGGCGGAGGAGAGGAGGAGGCAGGGGAGCCGAGAGGCAGGGGCGAUGCCACCACCAGAGGAUGGGGAGAACGCGAGUGGCGGCGUGGACAGCGAGGAAGAGCCCGCCGGGGACGGGGAGGCGAGGCAGAAGAUGGAGCUGUUCGUUAAGGAAAGCUUCGAGGCCAAGGACGAGCUGUUCCCAGACUUGCCCCGAGGAGAAGAGGGGCUGCCCCCCCGGGAGGUCCACGGGGACACCGCAGAGCAGGAGCCGGAGGGGACCCUCCCAGCGGAGGCCCCACUGCCGCAGCCACCGCCGUCCCUCGCAGCUGCAGGUGGCGAAGAAUCGACUCCCCGGGUUGUGGCCACCGAGGAGGGCGUUCAGGUGGUGACCGAACUCGACGGGGCUGAGGCUGAAGACCCAGAGAUCAGAACGCCAGAGACAAAGGAGGCACUCUUCGUGGAUGACCUACCUGACCUGGAAGACGUUGACACGGGCGAGUCUCUGGAUGAUCACGAUAAGAAAAUGUGCUUUCCGAAGAUUGAGGCCAUCUCGAGCUUGAGUGACGACAGUGACCCUGAACUAGACUACACGUCCCUCCCCGUGCUGGAAAAAACGUCCACAGACGCCCUCUCCAACAUCUUCGCGGUCUCCAAAGACCCCUCAAAGGCAGCUCAGGCGCCCGUCACAGACAUAUUUAAAAUAGAGGCGAAGAGGGACGUGGGAGCUCAGAGACCGCACACCAAGUCCCCGAGACCACUGAUUGAGGAGCUCAGCGACGAGGACCCCUCGGGCCAACCAUCGACAUCCCCUGCCAGUGGAGACGAGGACACUGGGCUCGCUGAAGCCACUGCACCAGGAAGCAGCACCGAGCAGAGCGAAGCGCAUUCGGAGCCUGGGGUGGGGGCGAGCCAGGACGCCGAGUUUGGCUUGGACUGAACCCCCAGGCGGCCCCUCUGCCCUCGGACUAACAGUGACAGGGAGCGGGCGCAGGUCACCCCUUCGGCCGGCUCUCCUGGCGCCCCCAGCGCGGCAGUGACUGGAGAACGGGCUCCAGGGCCUUCCCUGGAUACCCGCCCGGGCCGCCUGCUCACCCCUUCCCCCACCUGAGUCCGCACACGUGUGGGACCACACCACGGUCCUUGUAUUCAGGGUGUCACGUGACCUCCCCCAGUUAUUUGUGAUAUAAGCAGUAUAGUUAUAAAUGUCUCUUUUUGAGCAUAAACAUCUUGACAUCCAUGUG